AUGAAGUUCUCUAUCCUGGCAAUAGCUGCUGCACUGGCGCAGCCAUCCUUAGCCUUCCAGAGCAACAGCUUUGCAAGGUAUCACAGCAGACAUACCUUUCUGGCUGCUUCCACUUUUUCGAAAACGGGAGAAGCUGCUGCUGCAGCGGCUGACCCGGGCCCUCCUAGGCCCAACAACUCGCUGCAAUCGGUCAGUGACAACCAUAACAACCAGCAAAAUGGUAGAUCCAGUGAAGAGAUUGAAGCAGAAUUAUCUAGUGGCAAGGUCUUGGAGGGUGGAAAAGUCAUUGACUUUGAAUCCGUCAAGGGACCUUCCCGUGCCGAACAGGCGUUGUUAGAAGCACGGCAACUAGUACUCAGCAAAGGCGCUGCUGCCACAACUAGUGCUGGCAUGCUUGGAAUCAACAGCGACGUGAUUUCAGAAGUAGGCCAUGAAUUGGGCAAAUUUGCAUCUGCUCGGGAUGUUCAAAAAUGUGCGUCUUAUCUGCGAUCCCAGGCACCUGCUGGUCUGUUGAAAGAUAAUACCGAGGAACCCGUAGUUUUCGACGAAAAGGACAAGGUCAUCUUCCAAAAGAUUAUGGAUAAAGCAUAUGAAGAAUCUGGAGAAGUUACCGGAGCCUUUGCCAAGACAUUCUACAUGGGUACCAUGCUGUUACCGGAAGAAGCACGGGAAGCCAUCUGGGCCGUCUAUGUCUGGUGCCGACGAACCGACGAAAUCGUUGAUGCGCCACGGGAGGACGAUCAGGAAAUGUUAAAUGAUUUGAGUUCUUGGGAAAUGCGACUCGAAAAGCUGUGGGACGAAGGAGCUGUCGUAGACGUCUACGAUUUGUGUCUAUUGGAUAUUCGAGUCAAGUAUCCAAACAUGUCUAUUACACCCUAUAUGGAUAUGAUUCGAGGAAUGUUGAUGGACGUACCAGAGCUAGGACAAGAUCGAUAUGAUACCUUUGAUGAAUUGCACUUGUACUGUUACCGAGUAGCGGGAACGGUCGGCUUGAUGAGUCUACCCAUUUUCGGAACCGCUCCUGGAAUCACCUAUGACCAAGCAAGGGAGCCCGCUCUAUCAUUAGGUGUUGCCUUUCAACUAACUAACAUUCUGAGAGAUGUCGGCGAGGACGCUGUGCAAAGAGGCAGAGUCUACCUGCCAAGAGAAGACAUGGCGAGGUUCGGUGUGACUGAAGAUCAAAUCUUUGAACAACGAGUGGACGAAAACUAUGUCAAUAUGAUGAAGUACGAAAUCGAGAAAGCAAAGAUGUACUACGAACGUGCAAGAAGAGGUGUCUUUAUGCUGGCCCCGGAAAGUCGACUGCCAGUGCAAAGCUCUCUCGAUGCGUAUGGACGAAUCUUGGACAAGAUUGUGGCCAAUGGAUACGAUUCCCUGACAACACGAGCCUACGUGGACAAGUGGGAGAAACUAUCCAUUAUCCCUUCUUCAUGGUACAGGACAAUGGACAUCUCGCGACAGUUUCCUCUGCCAGGUGAUCAACCAGUGCCUUCACUGUUUGAAGCCCAAUCUUAG